UGCCUCGCACACUCUGCAAAUUCAUCACCAGCAUCUUGCAUUAGUCAUCUGAUGGACUGCCAAGUGUUUCAUUUUCUUUUCAUGUGACUUUAUUAUUACCACCUCUCUCUUUUCUUCCAAAAACCUCCAAAAAAAGGAGAAGGGGAGGGUGGAAGGGGGAAAUCCAGCAGAAAUCCAGCCCUGCCUUUCUUUCCAUACGAGAGCCAGUGUGGGGCUGAUAACGCUGCGGAUGCGUUGAUGGCAGCCUUGCAGAGCGAGACCUGCACUUAACUUGCAGCUGCCUCCUGAGCCGGGUUUCAAGAUGUCCACGCCCCGGGUGACAGCCGGCGGGGCGCUGCCCUGUGCUCGGGCGCCGAUGCUGAACAGCAGCCUGCAGUGAGAGCCCGCCGCCGCUGCCGCCGAGGAGCAACCUAAUGUAACGGCACAGCCAGCAAGAUGAACGGCGCUUUGGAUCACUCAGACCAACCAGACCCAGAUGCCAUUAAGAUGUUUGUCGGACAGAUCCCCCGGUCCUGGUCGGAAAAGGAGCUGAAAGAACUUUUUGAGCCUUACGGAGCCGUCUACCAGAUCAACGUCCUCCGGGACCGGAGUCAGAACCCUCCCCAGAGUAAAGGUUGUUGUUUCGUAACAUUUUAUACAAGAAAAGCUGCACUUGAGGCCCAGAAUGCACUGCACAAUAUUAAAACUUUACCUGGGAUGCAUCAUCCCAUUCAGAUGAAACCUGCAGAUAGUGAAAAGUCAAACGCUGUGGAAGACAGAAAAUUGUUCAUAGGAAUGGUUUCGAAGAAAUGUAAUGAGAAUGAUAUCAGGGUGAUGUUUUCUCCAUUUGGCCAGAUAGAAGAAUGCCGGAUCCUCCGGGGACCCGACGGGCUGAGCCGAGGCUGUGCGUUUGUCACAUUUUCUACAAGGGCAAUGGCACAGAAUGCAAUCAAAACUAUGCAUCAGUCUCAGACCAUGGAGGGCUGCUCUUCGCCCAUCGUGGUGAAGUUCGCGGAUACUCAGAAGGACAAAGAGCAAAGGCGCCUCCAGCAGCAGCUCGCACAGCAGAUGCAGCAGCUCAACACUGCCACCUGGGGGAACCUGACAGGGCUGGGCGGACUCACCCCACAGUACCUGGCGCUUCUGCAGCAGGCCACCUCUUCCAGCAACCUGGGUGCAUUCAGUGGUAUUCAGCAAAUGGCUGGCAUGAAUGCGUUACAGUUACAGAAUCUGGCAACGCUGGCGGCGGCUGCAGCCGCGGCCCAGACCUCAGCCACCACCACCAACGCAAAUCCUCUCUCCACCACGAGCAGCGCCCUGGGAGCCCUCACCAGUCCCGUGGCUGCUUCAACCCCCAACUCCACUGCUGGUGCAGCCAUGAAUUCUUUGACCUCUCUUGGGACUCUGCAAGGACUGGCGGGAGCCACUGUUGGACUGAAUAAUAUUAAUGCACUAGCAGGUACCAUAAACAUUGCUCAAAUGCUCUCAGGUAUGGCGGCUCUGAAUGGAGGACUUGGCGCCACGGGCUUGACGAAUGGCACAGCGGGCACCAUGGACGCCCUCACCCAGGCCUACUCAGGGAUUCAGCAGUACGCGGCAGCGGCACUGCCCACUCUGUACAGCCAGAGCUUGCUGCAACAGCAGAGCGCUGCAGGCAGCCAGAAGGAAGGUCCGGAGGGUGCAAACCUCUUUAUUUACCACCUUCCACAGGAGUUUGGAGACCAGGACAUUCUGCAGAUGUUCAUGCCUUUUGGAAAUGUUAUCUCUGCUAAAGUCUUCAUUGACAAACAGACCAAUCUGAGCAAGUGCUUUGGUUUUGUUAGCUACGACAAUCCAGUGUCUGCGCAAGCUGCUAUCCAGGCUAUGAAUGGCUUUCAGAUUGGCAUGAAACGCUUGAAGGUCCAGCUGAAGCGCUCCAAAAACGACAGCAAACCUUACUGAUCCUAACCCCAGAGGCUCCCUGCUCUUAUGUUAGCUUUCUUAGGGUAAGUCCCACGAGCCAGCCUGUUCUCAACAGGAAAGGCAGAGGAGGACCACAUUGCCAACUUUUACCAAGAGAGACGAUUAUUUUUACAAUAAGGCCUCCAUUUCCCACUCCCACCCCCCCACCCCCCAUCCCCAGUUCGCCAUAAUUAAAACUUGGGCUACCUUGUUUCUAUCGAGUCAACUUCUCCUCCAGUUGUGCCACUGUAUUCUCCUUUGUUUUGCAAUUUGAAUCUCUUUUUUACUUUUUUUGUUUUGUUUUCGUUUUUUGCUUUAAAAAAACACACACACACACA